AUGGACCUUUUUCAACGCCUCGACGAGGACGUUUCAAACCUCAUUAUCGAACAUGAUUUCCUCAACCUCGAUACGUUGCGCUUUGCAACGGAACGAGAGGUCGAGCGUGCUGCGGUGAGGGCGCUCGAGAUGGCGACCCCGGACCAGCAACUCGCUAUUGCCAUGAGACAGAGCAUCAUGGCAAUCGAAGGCGACAAUAACACCAACAACGACGAGAAUGAUGCCAACCAUAAUAAUGCCACCAACAAUCCCGGUAACAUUGUCAAUAAUGAGGACACAGGAGGAUACAUUAGCUGGGACGAACGCAACCGGCUCCUAACUGAUACACGAAACAACAGCGCAGAAACCUCAGAUGCCGAAGAUAACAAUAACAACAAUACCAACAACGACGACGAUGACGACGACGACAGAACGGAAUGCGUCGUCUGCUUCACAACAAGACAACCCCUCCACCGCCUCCCCUGCGGCUGCCGCAUGUGCCCCCGCUGUCUCCGCCGCUGUCUCCGCGCGGGCUUACGUCCAGGAGGCUGGCCGCCGCGGUGCUGCCAGCCUCUACAACCAGACAACGUUGAGCAGGCCGCCGGCAUGGAACGGCCGCGGUUGACAGGUUCGGGUUGA